UAUCGAUAACACGAUAGCAAACAGCUGUUUUUUUGGCUGGAAACGAGAUUUGUGACUCGAAAACUGACAAAAUAAACACAUUUGUUUGCGAUUGAAACGGCUUUGCUGUAUAUUUAAAGCAUCGGAAAGCACAACUCCGACGUAAUGGUCAUUACAAGCAAUACAACACUGCCGGAGGAGGCAGAGCUGUCCACACAGGAGCUGAAUCUAUCGUCGGCUGCACUGCGCGCUGGUGCUUUUCACUUGGGCAAGCAAUGCGAAGCAGCCAACAAUGAGUUUAUGCUCUGUCGGCAGGAGCUGGAUGAUCCGCGAGCCUGCCUGGGCGAGGGACGAGCCGUCACCGGCUGUGCCGUGGACUUCUUCCGCAAGGUGAAGAAGAGCUGCCAUGAGGAGUUCAUGCAAUACGCAACUUGCCUGGACAAGAGCAGCGGAACAAUGGCUUUCGGACAUUGCCGUAAGACUCAGGGUGUCUUUGACAAGUGCGUAAAGGACAACUUUGACUGGGAGCGUCCUUCCUAUGGUUAUUUUGCGCGUGCCAAGGUCAUUGAGACUGCACGCAAGGCGCCCGAGAAGGAGCCAAUCACAUCGUAUCCAGAUGCCACACCCGGUCUGCCAGCGGAUUAUCCAACACCACCAGCCAAAUACGGAUCACGCUUCUUCUGGCUGGAAUAGUUAUUGAGGCUUAGUGAAAUUGGGCAGCCUGAUGAUAGCCUUAAUUUGUAAUUUACAACAUGCAUAAACUCUUGUUUCCAUUAGUA